AUGUCUGCUGAAGCUAAUCAGCCGUCAGGAGGCUCGUCACCUCUUCGCUCUCCCACCACUUCCCAGCAGUUCACACAGACCUUAUCAUCAGAGGAAAAGGGUUCUGAGGGAGAGGAGGAGAGUUCUCAGGAGGAAUCUCCAUUGUCGAAGGAGAAAGAGUAUCUCCAGAAGGAAGAGAGUCCGGAAGGAAAAGAUUACUUGACUGAAGAGGAGUGUCUGGAAAGGGAAUUCAAGGUGGCUUCUCCGAAAACUCCGCCUAAUCCUCAUGCAAGGAGCCCAGCUGCUGGCGUCUCUCAGAUGAACACCUUCCUCCUGGCCCCUCCUCCCAUCUCUGAACCAGCCAGCGAGCAUCCUUACCAUGACGGGACGCCUUCUACGUCCUUCAUGAAGGACGAUGGAGAAUUUCUGGGCUGGCAAGACCACAGCACACAGACGGAAUGGAUCUAUGAGACCAAGGACACCUUUUGGGAUGGCAUCUUAAAUGAGCCUGUCGACAUGCUGGGAGCUGAGGUCUUGGACGACAAUCUUUUUCACAGCUCCUAUCAGUCCAUGUUUAGGACCAUGAUGGAAGAAAUGGCUGCUCGCAAUGAACCGGAAGAGCGUACCGACUUUCCCCGGACUGGCCAUCUGGAUAGUGAAACUAGAAAGAAACUAGGACUUCUGUUGAAGAAAGAUUUUGAAAAAUUCAAGAAAAUAAUCCUGUGGACUAUGAAGAAACGUGAACGUAAGGACCGCUCUGCAGACACGUGUACGUUCACGUUUCAGUUAGAAAAUCAAUCUCCACAAGUCAAGGAGCCUAAGGCAGAAGAAGUCAAAGGACCGUGUCAUGUUGUUCAUCAUGAGAAGAAAUUAGAAAUCGAUACGAAAUGGACGAAGAGCAAGGCUAAGGUGCCUCAAGGUGAUGUAAAGUUAAUUCUCUACCCCAAUGAGAAUAUCUUCCAAAUUCUCUUUCCUGAUGGAUCAGGCCAGAUACAUUAUCCAUCAGGACACCUGGCUAUGCUCAUCCUCAGCACGAAAGAGAGGAAGUUCACAUACGAGUACAUCGUUCUGGAAGACGGCAAAAAAGGGUGCGUCCGGGCUCUCAUCAACAACACUGGCCAUGCCACCUUCUACGACGAAAACGGAGAGAUCCGGUUGAGCCUGAGCCAGAACCUGGGCUACUACUUUGCCAAAGGCAAACCUCAGAAGGCCUGGAACUGGUGGGAUCUGAACCUACACGUCCACGCGCCCCCGGUCCAAUCCAUCUCCUUAAAUAUCAACCAGUACAUCGAGUUCCAAAUCAGGAGACAGGAUGAGAUUACCUUCCGCUUCACCCACCAAACGAAAUGCAUUUGCUUAAACCUGGGCACCAAGUACAAGCUCGUAAUCCCAGAGGUGCUGAGUGAAAUGAAGAAGGUGGCCAUCCUGGAGGUGCAGGUCGGCUCAACGGCUCGGAAGACACGCGUCCUCCUGGGGAAAAUGAGUCAGGCCCUCAACUUCCUGGCCGUCUCCGAUCUGGAAAACUUCUUAGAGGCCACCAAGAUCUUCCUAGAGAACAACUGCCUGGCUCCACCUUCACCGAAGGUCUUGUCACCACCCCUAACCCCUGCCCAGAGGCUGAGCAGCCAAGGUGCGGCAGACGUGGUGAGGCUGGCAGGGGCUGGCGUGACACGGUCUGCGCCCCUGCUCGGUGGGCACAGAAGCCCCUUUCCUUACCUGGCACUAGACAUAGAAGCACCUGACUUGCAUGGGGCCACCGACACGUCCUGCCAAGCGUGUGGCCACGUCUCAGAGCUGGCCCGGAUGUUUCUCCCGGGCCUGAAGGCCAUGGAAUUGAAGGCCCAUGUGCCCUGGAAUCAGAGAGCCCCGCACUGGAGUCUUGGCACCACCGCUUGCUAG